AUGGCUUUUGGACAACAUAUGAUUAACAAUGGCAAAUCGUAUGAAUUGCUUCGUAAAUUGGAAAUGUUGGAGGACAGAUCUGUUAACUUUAAUCGUGAGGAUACAUUUGAUUUAAUUCGGAAAACUAGAAAAGAAAAAAUUUACAAUUUACGUUCAAAAGAGGUUAAUUACACUGUCGGACAAGAGGUAUAUAGAAGAAAUUUCAAACAAAGUAAUUUUGAAAAGGGAUUCAAUGCUAAAUUGGCUCCACCAUUUGUAAAGGCAAGAAUAAGGAAGAAAACUGGUACCUGUUACUACGAGUUAGAGGACCUUACUGGACGAUUGGUUGGUGUUUACCAUGCAAAGGACAUACGUCAGUGA